AUGACCUGCGAGAGCGGCCCCGACUGCACCGCAUUGGAAGAAUUUUUUCAAUGUUGUCCAGACUACUACGGCUACAUGCCUGACCCAAAAGCGUUCGCAUCCGACAUGGCGGCCGGUCACUCCGACAUAGUCUGGGAUCCUUCCAUGGCCGCCUUCCUAUGUGGAUGCUCCGAUGCUCAGCAAAUGGCAGGCAUGCCAGGUGGCUAUGCCAACCUCAGUGCUGCAACAUCUACUGCAUCCACGCCGCAGCUAACCCCGAGUCCCGUCGCUUUCAACUCUCAGGCUGGGCAGCUACUCCAAUCGACCACGAUGCACUCUCACAUCAAUGCUCAGAUGCCCCAGAUGCCCGGCAACGUCCCUCAGUAUUACAACACCCCGCAAUCUACGCAGUCCCUACAGCCUCAAGCACUGGCGCACAAAUGCCAAUGGGGCGGGUGCUUCGCGUCGUUCGCAUCCCUCGCAGAGCUCGUCGGGCACGUCAACCUCCAGCAUCUCCGCCUCGUUUCGGCCACUCCCACAUCGAUGUCGUCUCUUCCGCCGCUGCAGAUGCAGCCUGGACACCAGGCCGUCUCACGGCAACGGGAUUUCCGUGAUGGGCUCUCGUGCAUUCCAUCGGGCCCGUCGACCGGAACCCAUUCGACAGCGCUCUGGUGUCCUCGCGAGCCACUGCUGGAGGACCACCUGGGUCUGCCUCUGCGUUCGCCGAAGGGAGAGCAGGCGCCUGGACAGAACCACUACAAGCGCCGUCUCGGCCGCAUCGAGUGUCUCACCCCUGAUGGGUCCACUGGCUGGGAAGCUGUACCCGCUAUGGCGAAAAAGGGUUUCGAGCAAGCAGAAUAUUGCGGCACUUGCAGUGCGAGAUCGUGGCAGUACUUCUCGGAGGCCGCAACCCUCGCGCAGCACAAGCGGCGGCAUACGCAAGAAAAGCCAUACGUCUGCGAUUUUCCCGGUUGCGGCAAGUCGUUCGCCAUCACGGGUGCGCUCACCAUCCACAAGCGCACGCACAACGGCCACAAGCCGUUCAAGUGCACAUAUUGCGACAGAGCGUUCGCGGAGUCAUCGAACCUCUCCAAGCAC